CGUGAUAUUACAUGUUUUUACUGCUUUCCCGCGUUUGUUAAUGUGUAAGUCCUGUGUAAGUAUUCAGCAUUGUCGGCUAGCACAGCGAUUAGCAUGCUAACUGCUGCGGUUGUCAUGGAGAUGAGCAGCGAGAUACAUUGAACGCAGAAUUACAGCUGCACGAGAUAUGUAACUAACAUACGGUCAUAGUUGCACAUAAAGAUCGAACAUAUGAUAUCGUGUUGAAAAGGCAGAUCUUAAACUGCUAGCACUGAGAGCUAAAUGUCGGUGGCAUUCUCACGUUUAGCAAAUUCAGCACAAACCCGGAAGGCAGGAAGAGAUGCAGGUAAACUCAUUCAGCCCAACCCUCCAAAUAACGGCAUGGCUGACCAGUUCAAGCCGGUUGUUCCUUGGCCCCACGUAGAAGGAGUCGAGGUUGACCUGGAGUCCAUUCGCCAGAAAAACGUUGAAGCCCCAAACCCCAGAUUCAAAGCUCAGAACCAACAGAAUGUGAUCCAGAAGCAAUACGUCACUUUCAAGCCCCACACCCAUGCGUUUAGUGCACCUGUGCUGAGGAUGGGCACUCUUGGCAACUUUGAGGCAAAAGAACCCGAGCCUGAGGGAGUUCAGGGUGGACCCGGGGAGGGCAGCAAACCGUUCGUGCUGGGUGCCGAGUACAAAGAUGCCGUCCAGGCCAGCAUCAAGGAAUUCGGCUUUAAUAUGGUAGCCAGCGACAUGAUCUCUCUGGAUAGAACCAUCGGCGAUUUAAGGCAUGAAGAGUGCAAAUACUGGCACUAUGAUGAGAACCUCCUCACAUCCAGCGUGAUCAUCGUCUUCCAUAAUGAGGGUUGGUCCACUCUGAUGAGGACGGUGCACAGUGUCAUCAAAAGAACCCCUAGGAAAUACCUGGCUGAGAUUGUCAUGAUCGAUGACUUUAGCAACAAAGUGCAUCUCAAAGAGAGGCUGGAGGAGUACUUAAAACAAUGGAAUGGACUUGUCAAACUGUUCCGCAAUGAUAAGAGAGAGGGCCUGAUCCAGGCCAGGAGCAUAGGAGCUCACAAAGCCACUCUGGGACAGGUGCUGAUCUACCUGGAUGCUCACUGUGAAGUUGCACCAAAUUGGUACUCCCCACUGGUGGCCCCUAUUUCAAAAGACAGAACCGUGUGCACAGUACCCCUCAUAGACUCGAUUAACGGCCAGACUUUCAACAUCGAUGCCCAGGGGGGCGGGGACGAGGAUGGAUUUGCCAGAGGAGCAUGGGACUGGAGCAUGCUUUGGAAACGCGUGCCUCUGGGUAGCAAGGAGAAGCAGAUGAGACUUACUAAAACUGAGCCAUAUCGGUCUCCAGCCAUGGCUGGUGGGCUCUUUGCAAUAGAGAGAGAUUUCUUCUUCGAGCUGGGCCUCUAUGAUCCAGGUCUUCAGAUCUGGGGAGGAGAAAACUUUGAGAUCUCAUACAAGAUAUGGCAGUGCGGUGGGCAGCUUCUGUUUGUGCCAUGUUCAAGGGUGGGGCACAUCUACCGUCUGCAUGGCUGGCAGGGAAACCCACCUCCUGCUCAUGUAGGCUCUUCCCCCACACUCAAGAACUAUGUAAGAGUGGUGGAGGUGUGGUGGGAUGAGUACAAGGACUAUUUUUAUGCCAGCCGGCCGGAGACUCUCACGCUGGCUUACGGAGACAUCAGCAGCUUAAAAAAGUUCAGAGAGGAACAUCGAUGCAAGAGCUUCAAGUGGUUUAUGGAGGAGAUCGCUUAUGACAUCCCCAUGCAUUACCCACUACCUCCAAAGAAUAUAGAAUGGGGAGAGAUCCGUGGGUUUGAGACCAGCUAUUGCAUAGACAGCAUGGGCCAUACCAAUGGUGGCAAUGUUGAGAUCGGCCCUUGUCAUAGGAUGGGUGGCAACCAGCUCUUUAGAAUCAAUGAGGCUAACCAGCUCAUGCAGUAUGACCAGUGCCUGACAAAGGGUGGAGAUGGAUCUGCUGUCAUCAUAACACACUGCAACUUGAACGAGCAUACAGAGUGGAAAUAUUUUAAAGAUCUACACCGGUUCACGCACAUACCUACAGGAAAAUGCUUGGAUCGCUCUGAUGUCCUGCACAAAGUUUAUCUAGCUGACUGUGACAACAGCAAGAGCUCUCAGAAGUGGGAGAUGAACAAUAUUGUGGCUGUUUGAGAGCCAGGCUGUACUGUUUCAAAUUUGCUUCAAGGAUGAACACCGACUUGUCUACAGUAACAGGUUUUACCAGUAUACACAUGACUAAUGGAGACAUGCCGUUGUAGGCCUCACCAAAAUAACUCGGAACUCUUGUCAUGAACUUCUUUUCCAUUGAAGACAGUGUUUACAUUGGUUUGUCCCCAGUGUCCACUGCAUGUUUUUUUGGAAUCUGUGGAUUGAAGGUGUCUAACUAACAGUGUUAGCGUUCCCAUUUUACAGACUAUGCACAACAUGUGCAAAGAUACAUGAUCUACCACUUAGUCUUUUGUUGCUGCUCCAUUAUGAAGUACAAGUUGUUUGUCAACUUUCGUACUGGAAUGCAUCGUUUUUAAAACACUGGAUGAUUAUGUUUGUGAGGACAACCUUCCACUUGAACAAUUUUAGUCUUUGGCACAGCGGCACAUUUUUGCCAUCUUCUAUGGAUAUGGCUUGGAUGUGGAAAGAAAAGGGAAAUAGGGUCAGUGAUUGAGAAAGUGAUAAAUGUUUAUUUUGUCUACUGCAUAAAUGUUUGCUUGGUUGAGGGAAUACAUGUUUACAUGUUAUGGAAAUUAGUUAUUGAUUAUAAUCAUUGGCCGUCCAUGGCCAAAAAUCAGCGAUCUUGAGUGAAUUCAAGUUGUUUUAAGGGAAACAAUGAUUGCAAAGUGUACAUUUUUGUUUUUGAAUAAUGUAAAUAGGGUCAUUUCUAAAUUAACAUUUUGAGAUACGGUGGGCUUUCCAAUGAAGGUGUAAAUAUCUAACUUAUAUUGGAUGUUUUUCUGAGAAAAUAAAUUGAUUUUUUUAUGUCUA